AAAAAACGUCCAAUGACCAUAGAUAAUAAAGAAAGAUAUCUCUAUUAACUGUGUCCUAUGACAAUGAUUAAAUUUUAGCGGGUAAAAUGCUUACUUUAUCAUCGAAGAAUUACAACAAAUAUCAGAAUAUACAAGUAUAUUAACUAUAUUAUAACUUGUGUGCUUAUUGCCUAUUUUUAUUAACUAAGAAACUGUUAAUAACUAUUUUGUUGUGAAUAUUCUUAAUGUGUGUAAUAAUAUACAAUUAUUAAAUAAUUAAGUAAAUAUAUUCCGUUCUACAAAAACGUCAUUAUUAUUAAAAUUAAAUUAAAUUAUAAGUGAAGAUUAAAUAUUAUUAAAAUGGAAGCAAGAAUUACUUAUCAUAUUAAAGGUAUAUUUAUGCUUUGUGGAAAACCGAUUCCACCAACAUUGAAUAAACAUUUAACAAAUGUAAGCGUUUUUAAAAGUUCUGUUAUUGUUGUCAAUAUAUUAAUUUAUAAUGUAAUAUACAUAGUUGUUGGUUUUUUAAGCUUGAAUAAUGCCCUUCCAUUAGAUCUAUUUAAUAUGUACUAAAUAUCCUUUAUUAUAUUAUUCAACAUUAAGUUUGUGUAUAAGUUAAUUGUAUAAAACAAAUCUGUUCAUUAAUAAUGUUUUAAAUGACACUGAUACAUUUAUUAAUAUUAUAUUAUACCUACUAUGCAAUUUUAGAAAAUUUUUAAUAAGCCAAAUAAAGAAGCGAUGGAACAAGUAUUAUAUUUUCUUCUUACAUUAACUGAUCCAAAUUGCUUGAAAACUGUACCAUGGCCAAUAACAACUUUUAAAGAAGCUGCAGAAUUUCGUAAUACAGCAACAUUCAUAAUAAACGUAAGUUUAUACCUACAUACUUAAGUAAUCAAUGAGUAUUAUAAGCUAAUAAUAGUUGAAAACUAUUUGAUUUAAUAUACCUAAAUUGGUAUUGUAUAUUAUUUGAGUAAUGAUUUUCUUAUAACCUUAAUACCUGUGUUUGAAUAUAUGUGUUUGAAUUUAUUAAACACAUAUUUCUGAUAUUUAUAAAAUGUAAUUACUGCUGUUAGAUUUAAAAACAAAAAUUAUUAUGAAAAUUUAACAAAAAUAUAAAAUUUAAAUAAUUUAACAAAAUUCUAAUAUAAAAAUUAAUUGCAUUUUUUUAAUUCUUUAUUUAUACUUGCAAAUUAUUGUUUUAGAAUUUAAAAGGGUUUGUUUAUGAAAAAUCUUCAAAUGUUACUGGAAAAGUGAAUUCUUCAUUAUUAGCUAAUCCCGGAGGAUCAAUAUUCAUUUUUUUUAUAUAUCAACUUUGUUUGUAUGUCAAAGGAUGUGAACUAAAAAAAAAAGGUAUAGUGCAUUCUAUUAUAACAAAAUUCUUAUGCAAUGAUUAUGUUAGUUAUAAAUAAAUAAAUUAUGUUUAUUAUUUUUAUUAAAAUUACCUUUUUACAUAAAAUUCCAGUAAGUAUAGCCCCCAAUUUUUAAGUGGCUUUGAAGAAAGCUUAUUGAUUUGAGAUGAAAAAUUGAUAUCUCUAAUAGCUUUCGAUAUCAAUAUCUUCAAAAAUUUGAUUGAUAAAAAUUAAUCCAAAAUGUGCUUAAAAAUAGAUAAUUUUUAUUGUAAUUAUUUGUAGUUAUUGAUAUUUUGAGAGCAAUUUUUUUUUUUUUUUUUAGUCUGAAUAAAUAUCUACCUUAAUUUUAGAGUUACAAACCCUCAAAUGUGCCUUGUUUUGAGGUGCUCACUCAGUCAAUUUUAAUCUUAAAUAAUCCUUGAUUUAUUGUGCAAAACUAUUUCUGAUUGAACAUGGGGUAAAAUCAAAUGCUUCAUUAAUGUCAUUAAUAUAAAUUGUCGGAAUAUGUAUUUCGAGAUUUUGUUGGUCUAUUAAAGAUAUAAAUUUUUCUUAGAGGACUUAUCUUCUCAAAUCAAUAAGUUUUAUCAAAAUCCACCUUAAACUUUUCGUGGCUCACUUAUUAGAAUCUUGCCUAAAGUUCUUAAUAAAUAAUAAAAAUCUAGGGUUUAAACUGCAUUUAUAGUCAAUAUGAAAUAAAAAACCACGUUUAUUUAUCUAUGUAUUAAUUUAAGAUUCAUAAUAUUUAGUAGGUAGUAUUGGUAUUGAAUUAAAAACAGCAUUUUUCAAAAUUUCGAACAGUUAAAAUUAAGUUUUAUUAUGGUUAAAAUCAUCAUCUAUGGUUUCCUUAAGUUUUUAAGUAAUUAUUCUUGUAAAGCAUUUGAAUACAUAUUCUGAAUACUAUUUUUUGUAUGAUUUCAAAUAUUUAUUCUGAAUACUUUUAAAAAGUUUUUACUUAUUUUAUCUAUAUUAUAGAUAAUAUAUGGUAUGUAUUAAAUAAUAUAAUCUUUGGGAUAAACCAGUUUUUGGAAUACUACGAUUCUAUGCUUCACAUAUGAUUGGGAUAAGCAAAUAUAAAUAAUGAGAAAAUAAUAAUUGAAUGAAAUAAAUGGUUUAUGAUUGAUUUUACAAUAUAGCUUUGAAAUAUGUAUUAUUUAAAUUUAAAUUAUAGGAGUUGUUUGGAGUUUUGUGAAAAACAAACUAUUUUUUGAGUAUGCUAUUGAUGUACAAAUUUGAGACUCUGAGUCUUAUAUAAUAAUAUAACUUUUUUUAUUUAAUAAUUAUUGAUUAACUAUAUUUAUUCAUAAUUUUAAAAAAUAUAAUUAAAUAUGGGCUUAUAUAUGUAAUUUUUGUUUGUUUAGGCAUUAGUGUUUUAAGUUCACCAUUGUUUGUUGAUAACGAGUAUAUUGAGAAAAAAAUAUCAAUGUAUGAAAGUAUAUCAAAAAGUAAUUUCAAUGAAGUAAACGAAACAAUUUCUAGAAUUGAUUACAUUCUCAAAAAAACUACAGAAUUAUCUGUGUAAGAUGUUAUGAUAAUAUUAAUUUAUUAAUUUAUUUAGUGUUAUAAACAUGCUAAAAUAUUUUAGGAAAUGGAAAGAAAUUAUUCAAGAUAGUAAACAACAUAUAAAAGAUUUAAAAUUUGAAUUGGUAAAUAUUGAACAUUGUGGAGUAACAGGUAUGAAAACAAUUCUAUAAUAACAUUGACAUAAAUAAACUAUUAAGUAAGUAUUAUCAUUAAUUAAUUAUAUUUUAAUUUAAAUGUAUUUUAAGAAAAAGAAGUAGUGGAGUUAAAACAAAAAUAUAUAAAUUUGUAUAAUAACUUUGAACAAAAUAAGUUACUUGUUUUAAAGUGUGUAAGAUUAGCUGAAAUUAUUUUAAAAACUCCGGAAACUUGGGAUGCCAAUGUAAUCAAUUUAAAUUUUUAUGUAAGUUCUUAAAAUAAAUCAAUGCUUGUAUUAUGUAUUGUAUGUAUUUUUGUAUUAAUUUUUAGACAAAUAAAGAAGAAUUCAUAAGAAAUGAUGGACCAAUAGAUUUUAUUAAACUGCUCAUAAUCAUUAAAACUACAUUAAAUGAUUAUAUAAACUGGUGUGAACAAUUAAAUAAUGAAAAAGAAAUUAUUGAAAAGAUACAUGAAACACAGCAGUCAAUUAAUGAUAUGACAGAUCAAAUUAAAUGUUAUAAGAAAAUUAUAGAAGUCUUAAAUAAUGUAAUUGAUAGAUUAAAAAAUGAGAACCAAAUAUUAGACGAUGAAGUAUUCAAUAGUAAGUUCCUUAAUAUUAGAAAUAAACAGUAAAAUAUAGAUAUUUUUAUACUGAAAUUAUUUUUAAAUAGAUUACAAGGUUUUGUGUGUCCAAUAAUAUUUUUUUUAAUUUAUAAAUUAUUUAAUGUUAAGCGUUUAUUUUUAUAUAUUUCCAUUUAUUUAAAAGAGCUGAUGGGUGUGCAACUGUUGUAGGUAGGUAUUUGGGAAAGUAUAAUAUAUAUUUUUUUUUGAUGAAAUAUGAUUCUAGGCAAAGUUUGGUUAAACAUUUUGAUAAUUGUUUUUAUUUAUAUCAAAAUUUAAACUGAAAAUGCUCUUAAAAAAACCAUAAUACAUAAGGCUUGACUUUUUUUUUUUUAAUAUGAGAAUUACGACUUAUAAUAAAUCUCGUGUUAGAUUUUCAAGCAUUUUUGGUUGGUUAAGUAAUUUUAUUUGAUAAAUUUAUUUGAUUAAUCAAAUAAAAAAUAAAAAAUCCUUUUAAAUAGUUCAAAAAUUACCUAUCCACAAUGUUUUAAAAAUGUUAUACUAAAAAAUAUCGAUAUAAUUAUUCUAUGAAAAUUUCAAGACUACGAUUAUUUUUAAUAGAAUUAAUUUAGUUUUUUGAAUUUAUUAAAAAAAAAGACCUUUGUUUUUAUUACCAAAAUUGUCUUUUAAAAUUUGGAGCAAGAUUUAUGGUAAAACAAAAAAAUUGAAAAUAAUAUAAUUUUUACAGUUUUAAAUUUUGCAUUUUUUCUAUUUUUCUCGAUUAUCAUGAAAUAACUUCGUAAAUCAAAAAUGAUAUUCCCAUUGUAUAACUUUAUUCAAAAUAUAAAGCUCUCUUAUCGUUUUUUGAGUAGUGCAAGAUUUUUGGUAAAAAAAAUACUAACAUACCAAAAAUAUAAAAACUAAUAUAUUCCUUGUUCUGCUAUAAAUCUAACAAUUAAUAAAGUUAAAAAAAUGUUUUAAAAAAACAAAGUAAUUUUAAAUUUAUUAUAUUAGCAUGAAUUGUGUAAUUAAUUAUUGUCUUCAUAACCGAAGGAGUAUGGAAGGGUAAUAAAUUGCAUUUAUAUUUUCAAAUGGUGAAUUUAUAAUUUCUCUACUCCAGUCUAAACUUUAAACAGUUAUAACUCAUGAAUAGUAAAUUAUUAAUGUAUUAGUGUUACGCAUAUCAAAACUUUUAGAAAAAUAUUCUCCAUUUGGAUCUGGGAAUAAAAAUGGGGUUCCUAUUUAAGAAAAAAAAUUAUAUACUUAUUCAAGGUAUAUGGAGUGGGGUAAACAAAUUAAAAAUGAUUUAAAAAAAAAAUUUAAAUGAUUCCACAAUGAUAAAAAAAAAUCACCCUUUAUAAUAAAUUAAUAAUACAAUUUAUCAGAUAGCUGUUUUAUCUUCUUUAACUCUAAAGUUUUUAAUCUAUUCUGUAAUUUGUUAAAAUAUUUAUAAUUAUGUGUAAACCUUCACUGUUUUUAUUUUUUAGGUAAAAAUUUUGAAAAUAUUGAUCCUAUAUUACAAUCUGUGUAUAAAAGAACUUCUCCAAUAGUUUUAAGACCAGAUUGUCCUGAUACGCCAAAAUUAAUAACUUUAGAAGAUAAAAGAAAAUCAAGACGAUCAACUUUAUUACACUGUGCUAGUGAACCUUUCUGUUAUCAAUCAUUGUCUUUUAAUGACAUUAAAGAAGUGUACAAAAACACGCUACAAAACCAAAAUGAAGUAAAUAUAUAAGAUGUAGUUAUAUUUAUAUUAAUGAUUAAUUAUUUUUAAGAUUUUUUUAUUUCAUAUUUUACUAUUAUUUUUAUAAUAAUUACACAAUUGUAUUUUUAUUGAAGUACUUAUAUUACAUUUCAAAAGCAGUAUAUUCUUUUUUAAAACAUAUAUAUAUAAAAAAAAAAUGACUUGGGAUAUUAUUAAUUCUGUUAUAAUAGUGAUUGGUUUUGAUUUUGAAAUUAUAUUUGAGUUUAUUUUGAAAAAAAAAAAAAAGAAAAAAAUGAGAAUAAGUGAUAACCAAAUUUUCUUUUUCUCCUUUGCCUUUGUCUCAAUUAUUUGGGAUCAGCCACCCUUGUUCUAAACUCCCACCUCACUGGCUGUCCUCAUAUAAUUUUCAAUUACAUCCAUUAUCUCUUUUUCAGUUUUCAUUCCUAUUUCCUACUAAAUUUAUUUUUAUUUCAAUGCUUACUGUUUCAGAUUCCUCCUCCCAUAACAUGCCUAAACAGUCUCUGUCUAUUUUCUCUCAUUGUAUCUACUAACUAAACCACACCUAAGCUCUUUUGUACUCAACCCUUAUCCUAUCUUCUCUCGUCAUUCCACUCAUCCACCUAAACAUUCUCAUAUCUGUUAUAUUUAUUCCCUGUUCUAUUUUUCUGUUUACCGCCCAACACUGAACUAUACUACAGUAAAUCUUAAUAACUGCUUAUUGUCAUUAGCUGUCUUGUCAUUUUCUUCCAUACUCUGUUUUACUUCUACUUAUCCUUAGUCCCUUUCCUUAAAGUGCUAUACCAUUUCUCAAGCCUAUUGUUAACUUAUUCCAAAUUUUCUCCUCUUAAAGCUAUAUCAUCUGCAAAUAUGCACCACAUGGUAUCUUCUCACACGUAUUGUUUCCAUUCAUAUCCAAGAUGGAAUAAUCCGCAAAAGUCUUGUUUAGAAGUCUUCAUUCUGUUUGACAGAAUUUUUCACUGCUUGUUGACUUGAUGUAACCCUAUGUAUCGCCUCAUAGGACAGGUAUAGUGAGAGUAUUAUGAUCCUAGAAAGAAUGGUAUCGUCAACUAUAAAAUGAAUUCCUCUUCCCUCUAGAAAAAAUAUCAUAUACUUGCUGGAACCACCAACUGGGUCUUCCUACAAGGAAGAUCUUGGGCCUCAGGUUCGCUAAACCCGUUGCAUCAUAUGCCCCCUUGAGGUAAGAAUGAAGGAUUUAAAAUACAGGGUGAUUUUUUUUUUUCAUGAACCAGCAAUUAUCACAAGAUUUUAAGUGAAUUUGAUUUUUUUUUUCAAUCAUUAUGGAAUCAUUUAAGCUUUGUUUUAAAACUUUUUUUAAUUUUUUACCCCUAAUCCAUAUACCUUAAAUAGGUGCAUACUUUUAAUUUUCAAAUAUGAACUACCACUUUUGAACACAAAUUUGAAUAAAGAAUAUUUUUCUAGAAAUUUUGAUAUGCAUUACUACAACAGUUUAAAAUUUAGACCAGAGGAGUAGGGAAGGGUAAUAAAUUGCCUAUCUAUGACUCUUCUCUACUUCUCCGGUCUAUAGAUAGGCAAUUUAUUACCCUUCCCUACUCCUCCCAUCCAAUCUUUAAACUGUUAUAACUCAAAUGGUAAAUCUUUCUUUUAAUAUGUACCUUAAUCAUUUUAAUAUUUUUUAAAAAUUCAUGUAGGAUACAGUAUAUUAAUAUAUAAUAUUUUUUAAAUUAUACAGGAUGUUUAUGAAAAUAGAAACACCCAUGAACAUUUAUCCAUAUUAUAUGAAUCAAAUUUAGCUGCUCAAGCUACUGUAUCCCAAACUAAUGAUAUUGAAAAUUCACAGGUAAAUCCAUAUAGUAAAAUAUAGAAAACUAAUUUUUUUGAAAAUAUUUGAAUUCAAUUUACAUAAGAAUAUCAACUAACAGAUUAUACUUUAUGUAUUAUACAAUGAUUAGAGUAUAGGGUUACCAUACUUUAAAAUCAGGAAAAAUUAAACUACAUCAUAUUACUUUAUUAUAUCUUACCCCAUCAAAAUAACAGAUUAUAUGUUACUAUAAAAUUAUAGUUAUUAUACGUUUAAUAUAUCCCCUGCCUUGAAGUGUCUAGUAAAAAAUUAGAAAGAACUAGCACAUUAGCCUUUAAACAGUGUUUUAACUUAGCAAUCAACUAUUUAACAUUCUCUGAGCUCUGUACUAGAUGCAAACGUCUAUCCCUACCUAAUUAUAGAUCUUCUAUGGUUAACACUGAACACAAUCUCACCUUGGACCCUUCUUCUUUUUGGAACUUGAAGCAAAGAAUGGGGAUUAGGAUAGAUUAGGACAGAUUAUAUGCUACUAUAAAAUUUGGUGACCAUUCAGAUGUCUCCAACUACAGGUUAUUCUCCAUUUUUCCACAUUUCGCAAAAUCUUCAAAUCCAUAUGCCAACAGGUGGUUUACUCCUAUAUUAAGAUAAGUCUACCACAAGUAGCUGUAUGGUUUUUUCUGCUUACUUUUUUGAUAGUCUUGAUCUCUAUUUAUAAUAUAAACAAUCUUCAUAUCAUAGAUCUUUUGAAAGCUUUCGCAAAUAUGCAAAUAAACUGCAUACCCCUAUAAAAUAUCGUAAACAUGAAAAAUUAAGAUAACUUAUAUUUUUUAAAUAAAGUAUCAUCAAACAAAACAUUUUAUAAAAACUUUAAACUAAUUACUUAUUUACUGUAUUCAAAGUUUAAAAAAAUAAUUAUGAAUAUACUAUGUAUAUAUAUAUAUGUGUUAUAUAUAUGCAUGUAGAGAGUUAAUGAAACUUUAAAAUUUAUACUACAAAAAUACUAACAAUAAUUGUAUAAUAUUGUUCAAAAGACCCUAAUUUCUUAAAACUCAAUUUUGCCUAUUAUGUCACCGUAUAUAGCAAUACCAUACUCCUAUAAAAAUAUAUACAUAAAAAGUAUAUAUUUUAUUAUGUAAAAAUACUGUACCUAUGUGCUUAUUAAGUAUUUUAAUAAUUGUCAGGUAUUUCAGCAAACUAAAUUAUAAUAUUUCAAUAAAAGCAUUUUACUUUUUUCUUUUGAUUGUUUUAUUAUAUUUUCUUAUCUAUAAACGAAAUAAAGCAAUUAAAAAAUCUAAAAUGACUUGAAUAAAAAGAGUUUAUGUAAUAAUUAUUUUACGGUAUAUUUGUUUAUAAAUUAGUAUUAAAAUUGAAUUAAAUUACUUAUUUUUAUGGAACUAACUAACUUUAAUUUUUUAAGGAUAAAAUAAAUACCUCUUUAUACCAAUCACUUUCAAGAACCAAUCUUACAGAAAUAGAUGAAAAAGAUGUAUUGAAUACUGCUGCCCAAACUCAGAUUAAAGAAGAUGAAGUAAAAAGUUUUUCUAUUUCUCGAAAAUCUAUUGAAAAUUUAAAGCAAAAGUUUAUAAGAAUUAAACAAUCAAAGAUAAUGAAUACUAUUCCACAUUCGCCUCAGUCACCAUUUUAGGUACAUACACAGUGAAAAUAUAAAAAGUAGUUAUAUAUAUUAUGUACAUUUAUAAUUUAUAUUUUCUUGUUACAUUCAAUUGUAUUAUAUUUUUUUUACUCUCAAGUGUUUUUAAAAAUAUCUUCAAUAAUUGAUAAAUAAUUUAUACUUAGUAAUUACCUAUAUUUAUUAUUUAAUAAUACUUUCAACUGUUAUUCAAUGAUUGUUGGGGGUUCCUAAAAUAUUUCUUGGAAUUUCUCAUCAUAAAAGCAUGAGAAAUAAUAUUAAGUUUGAUUUAAUGUAAAAUUAAAUUAUUUUUUAUAAUCAAAAAUAAAAUGUUUGUAGCACAUACUUUUAUUCAAUCUAGUGUUAUUAUUUAUGGUUAAUCAUCUUAGUUCACAUUGCUAUUUAUUUAUUAAUGUUACAUUGACCACAAUUACACUAAAUGUCCUUAUUACUCCUUAUAGCUACCCAUCUUUAGUCUUCAUCUACUUCACAUUUCUUCUACAUUCAUAUCCUUUCCAGUUUUUUCUAGGCCCAUAAUUGAACUAUUUUAAUCUAAGGUUAUAUUAUUAUUUAAUAUCUAGUAAGUUGAUUCACUGAAUAUUAUAUAAUUCUUUAAGAUACUAAGAGAAAC